AUGUCACAAGAGGUACACGAGCACACUCCCAAACGGAUCAGACUAGAAAACGAUGCAGACUCCACCCCUGGAAUUCCAGAAAUCCCAGUCGACAAAGUCUCGGAGGAUGCGACGAUGGAUGGAGGAAAUGAAGAAGAAGGGGAGGAUAGCUGUAGCAUUUGCUUGCAUACCCUCGAAGAUCGGACUGUAGUCGUCGCCCGGCAAUACGUUUCGACGUCACAAUGUCCUGACCCUGCGAUGGUUUCAGGCCAGUCCCGCCGUUGUCCGCUCUGCAACCAGCCGAUAGGAGACUACAUCAUACACAGUAUUCGCUCUCGAUUUGAUUACCGCAAGCACUUUCUGGCCCCGCUACGCAGCUCUCCUCCCCCAGAGCAACCUAGCGCCUCGAAUCCUGUUGUAAACGCUCGUCGAAAUGCAAUUUACAGGAGAAGGGAGAGGGAACGGAGGAGACGUGGAGAGGAACUUAGUGAAUUGGACCGAUUCGAAAGGUCACUCGCGAAACGGCGCUGGAUCUAUAGACAUCACUUGUAUGCCAAGCACGUUGCCUCCAACUCCUACACGAAAUUUCGCCCUUAUCCUAGCCCAGCUGUCUUUGCUGCUUCACCGGAUCUCAUUUCACGGACAACGACCUUCUUACGCCGUGAACUCCAGGUUUGGGAAGGGCUAGAUGUAGAGUUUCUUACUACCCUCAUUAUCUCGUUAAUGAAGUCCAUCGAUAUACGUUCAGAGUCCGCAGUAAAGCUUUUGUCGGAGUUUCUGGACUUGGAUGCACCCUACGUCCCUGGUGGACGACAUGUUAACGCCGAGCACUUCGCGCAUGAGGUUUAUUGCUACGUGCGAUCGCCGUAUAAAGAUCUCUUCAUGUACGAUACCAUUUAUGACACACCACCAGAACUACAGCCUCCGCCAGAGAGCUCACGGAGAAGGCGAUGGGAUCAAUCCUCUCGCUCAAGGUCACAGUCACCAUCUAACAGCUCACAAACACAACGUCGCCCACAUCAAGAACCAGAGAGGAGGGAUGUCCGAGAGGAUUGGCAGUCUUCUCCUUGGUCGUCCAAUUCUCGUAGCACACCUUCCACAGGGACGCCCCAUGACCAUCCACCAAUCGCCUCUAGCAGUAGGCGAACUCUUCCUGAUAACCCUGCAUUCUCCGGUCCCCCAGAUAACGGCAAUUCGCGUGAGAUCGCCGGACCAUCCAACGAUGGCGGUCUGCAGGAGGGUUCCAACAGGUCGGCGGGCGUGGAUCCAGUGGAAACGCGAAUAUCAGACGCGGCACAAAGCGAUAUGGCCAAGAGACUGCAUGACGUCGUGGAUUUGAAGGGAAAAGGGAAGGCUGUACCACGGGAAGACACUUCAUUUGGAGACCGUCAUGCUGACUUCCCGACGAGCGACACUGGCGCCAGUAAUAAGAAACUCAUUAAUUCAGGCGAUCGCGCGCGUCCACCUCGAGACGUCCUUGCCAGUAUCCAGGCUUAUCUCACCUCUGACAAAUCUAGACCCACCCGCACGUCGUCCUCGACGCCAAAGCCGAGUCGGAAUUCCCCGUCGUCGACAUCACCCGGCGCUGUCAUUCAGGGUGUCAAUACGAGUGAUGGGAGAACUGGGACCGUCAAUUCGAAGCAGCCUCUCGUAGCGGAUAGCGGGGAUGAAGAACCAGCGGAGGCUUCUUGA